GAAAAGGUUCUUAUAAAACCUGAACUACAAAGGGUGCUGGAGAGUCUGGAGAAUCUUGACAAUAAGUAUACAACGAUGGACAGAAAGACAUUAGAACGCAGUUUAAAUAAGCUUCAAGAAGACGGACAUUGCAAAUGCAUUUCGUUUGCAAUCCCUUCUGCCACAAACUGUGGUCGCAAACGUACAGUUGAUGUGAUCCUCCAUCCAUCUGUAUACAAAUCUGAAGACCUAUCGGAUACUGUUCAUGAGAAAAUUAGGUCAUUUGAAAAGCUAAUACGCGCCCAAAGUUUUCCCAGACAUACAAAUGGUAAAUCAAAAUCAAUCCCGGUUUUAAAUAACGUGGAGAGAAUUCCUACAAAAAACGAUGUUCAAUUUCAAUCCGAGACGUUUAUAGCAAUGAGGGAAAACGGUUUUGUUUUGGCAAAAAUGGUUCGUGUAAAGCUGCUUCAUGUUUUUCUGUGGGGGUAUCUCACUCUUGAUAGAUCAAGAGAAGACGAUGUAUAUGAAGGGAAGAACCAGUAUAGUAGUUGCAAAUUGUUUGAAUUAGAUUCAGCCAUCAAGGCCAUGCCACUUGAGUUGUUCUUGCAGGUUGCAGGGUCCCCUGUAAAACUCGAUUCCAUGAUUGAGAAAUGCCGGAAUGGAAUACGUCUUUCCGAUCUUCCGAUUCAGGAGUAUAGGUCUCUCAUGGAUACUCGAGCCACUUCACGUCUUUCGUAUCUUAUUGACAUCUUAAGACGCCUGAAGUUGAUACGAUUAAUUGGUGGAGAAUUUAUGGAGACUUCUGUGGGCCCACAUACUACUACUACUGCUACUCUUAGACAUUCGCUAGAACUUAAGCCUUACAUUGAGGAACCUGUCACAGUUGUUUUGCCAUCGCCAGGUGUCAAUUCUUUUGAUCUUCGUCCUCAUGUCAGACAUGAUUUUGUUCUUGGAAGUAGAAAAGGUGUUGAGGAAUACUGGAAUACUUUGGAGUAUUGUUAUUCUGCUUCUGAUCCAAAAGCUGCUUUGCAUGCAUUCCCUGGAUCUGCUGUUCAUGAGGUAUUCCUUUCACGUUCAUGGGCAGCAGUCCGAGUUAUGACAGCUCAUCAGCGGGCUGAGCUGUUAAAACUUGUGGCAAAUGACGACUCAAAUCAAAAAAUAUCAUACAAAAAGUGUGAGAAGAUUGCAGAGGAUCUUAAUUUGACCUUGGAACAGGUGCUUCGUGUAUUCUAUGAUAAGAGACAAAAGCAUAAACUAAAGGGAGCAACAAGCACCAAAGAUCCACCAACAAAUGCUUUAAUUACUUACAAAAGAAAAAGGUCAUCGAAAGGAAAAGGAAAGACAACUUUAAUGGAAAAUCUACUUGAAGAGUCUAGCAAAGUGAAGCAUCCCAAAUUGUUCCAUGAAGAUAAUGAAAUUUCAGCGAGUAGAAUGGAUGACAUGGAUGCUGCUGCUGAUGAUGACGUGGCACUAACUGAAGAUGAAGACGGUGGUCAGUCUUACUCUGUGUCAAAGCUACAGCAGCCUACACGUACGGAAAGGUUUCCAUGGACAGAAACAACAGACAGGUUGUUGGUGAUUGAGUACAUAAGACAUCGCGCUGCACUCGGAGCAAAAUUUCAUCGUGUAGAAUGGAGCUCACUUGAAAAUCUCCCAGCGCCUCCUGAAACAUGCAGAAGAAGAAUGUCAGCUCUGAACAGAAACAAUCAGUUCAGAAAAGCUGUAAUGAGACUCUGUAACAUGCUUAGUGUCAGAUACGCAAAGCAUCUAGAAUAUUCCAAGAACAAAACACUCAUUCAUAAUCGAAAACCUCCUGAUGUUGUUAUUCAUCCUUCAAAUGAGUUGGAUGUUGAUGAAAAAUGGGAUGAUUUUGACAAUAAAGAUAUAAAAAUAUCCCUAGACGAGGUCCUUCAGUACAAACAAAUUUCCAAAUCUGCAGCAACUAAAGGUGGAUCCAACUGUCCUCGAUUCAAUGAAUUUGAUCAAACCGCCUCCAUACCUAGAGACGAGCUUUUAGAUAGUGGAAGGAGGGAAGCUUCUGGAAGAAGAUCAAGAAGACGUUAUCUGCCUAAAAGCUAUGACAAUCUUAUGAACAGAGGAAAAGGUUUUAGUACACAAACCUACAAAUCAUUAGCAGUUUCUAAUGCAAUCGAGCUUUUCAAGCUUAUAUUUGUAAGCACUGCAAAAGCAAAAGCAAAAGCUCCAGCUAUCCCAAACCUGUUAGCUGAAACAUUGAGACGAUAUUCAGAACAUGAUCUUUUUACAGCAUUUAAUUACCUCAGAGACAGAAAAUUCAUGGUCAGGGGUAAUGAUGCGAGUCAUUUUGUACUCUCGCAGCAGUUUUUACAUGGUAUUUCAUCUUCUCCGUUUCCUGUUAAUACUGGAAAAAGAGCUGUGAAGAUGGCGAGGUGGAUUCAUGAAAAAGAAGAUGAUUUGUUAGAGUAUGGAGUAAAUCUACCUGUUGACCUUCAGUGUGGUGAUGUUGUUCAUUUAUGUGUGCUGAUGUGUUCAGGGGAAGUGUCGUUGUUCCCUUGUUUGCCUGAUGAAGGCGUUGGGGAGAUUGAGGAGUUAAAGAAACGUAAACGUGAAUGUGAUGAUAAACAAGAACAAGUGUGUGUUGAAAAAACUAAAAAGCCGAAAAUAUUAGACAGUGAGAUUUUUUCACGUAAAGAAAAAGGUUUUCCAGGUAUUCAGUUAUGUUUAAACCGUAGUUUUAUUUCAAGAGUUGAUGCAAUUACAUUCUCUAGAGACGGAGACACUUGUUCUUCUGUUUCCAAUUCAUCACCUUCUUCUGUACACGUGGCAUCUUCUGAGUCAACAUGGGAAGCUAUGAGUAGCUAUGCAAGACACGUGGCAUCUUCUGGGUCUUUUAAUCCGAAUAUGUUUCAAACUGUGUAUUCAGCCAUCCAAAAGGCUGGUGACCAAGGGUUAAGCAUGGAAGGUAUCUCCCAACAAGAAGGGGGAAAGAUGGGAGAAGUUAUUGUUGAGGUGCUUGAGGCAUUUGGGCGGGUUUUAAAGGUGAAUGCUUAUGAUUAUGUCCAUGUUGUUGAUUCCAUGUAUCGAUCAAAAUACCUUUUGGCCUCCUCAAUGGCAUCCCAUCAACACCAACACCAACACCAACAUGAACAUGAUCUUCCUCAUCUGAAGGAGCCACAGACCUCCUCCAUUAAUGAUGAGUUACAGCAAGAAAAUCAUACUGAUGAUGAGGUGCACAGAGUCACCAUUUUAAACCGCCCAGAACCAGAAGAAAACGAAACAAACAAGAAUGUGAAAGCAAGUUGUUCAGGAACAGGGGCAGAAGAGGGAUUUUGUAUUGGUGAUGGUGAUGGUUAUAAGCCAAUUGUGCCUUGGGUAAAUGGAGAUGGGAGUAUGAAUGAGAUUGUUUACAAGGGACUUGUACGCCGUGUUCUUGGUAUUGUGAUGCAAAAUCCUGGGAUUUUGGAGGACCAAAUCAUAAGCCAGAUGAAUGUUCUAAAUCCUCAGAGCUGUAGAAAGUUAUUGGAGCUGAUGAUUCUGGAUAGUCAUAUCAGGGUGAGGAAGAUGUAUGCAUCUGUAUCAAAUGAGCCCCCAGCCAUGUUACGCUCUCUUUUUGGUUGCAGUUUUAACAAACCAAAUCUGGUUUUUAGACAACAUUUUUAUGCAAACCCUACAAGUAUCGACUGUUUGUAGAAGUAUAUAUUAAAUUAUAUAUAUGUACAUAAAUUACUAA